AUGAAACUACUGAUCCUUAGCACUCUGCUGGCCAUCGCCAGUGCCGCACCUGGUUUGCUGGAUUAUGGACUCGGCCACACAGCGCCCGCUAUCAGCUAUGGCCAUGCUGAGCCUGCUAUCACCUACGCAGCUGCUGCUCCAGUGAUCAAGUCCAUUGCCGCACCGGCCAUUAGCUAUGCGCAGCCUACGCUUGUCAAGUCCUAUGCCGCGCCUGCCAUCAGCUACUCCGCUCCCGUGCUCAAGUCCUAUGCUGCUCCUGCCAUCAGCUAUGCCGCACCUGUGCUAAAAUCAUAUGCCGCUCCAGUGGCUGUAGCUGCUCCCGUUGUCAAGGCAGUAGCUCCGGCUACAAGCUAUUCCCAUUUCAGCUCGGUUAUUUCACAUGCUACGCCCAUCGUGAAGUCCUAUGCCGCACCAGCCAUCAGCUACGCAGCGCCUACCGUUCUAAAGUCCUAUGCUGCUCCCUCUAUAAGCUAUGCAUCACCCACCGUCGUCAAGUCCUAUGCUGCUCCAUCCAUCAGCUAUGCUUCUCCAGUUCUCAAAUCAAUUGCCGCGCCUGCGCUCACCUUAGGAGGCUACGAUGACCAUUUAGGUUAUCACUAA